ACAAAGACACUUUUUGCACUGAAACCAAUUUUUCUUCCUUGUUUGAGUUUAUAGAGGGAAGCAUAGAGAUAGCAUCUCUGCUGUGCUCUUCCUGACUGGAGAUGACUGUGCAUGGUUAUAAAAUGACAACGACAGCCAGUGCUUUGAAUGAGAGCACAGCAUCAAACACAACAAAUUCAACACUGGACUCCUGUGGCCUGUCAGAGGUGCCAGCCCAUCCUUUUUUCAUUUUUUCCUACUCAACAGUCUUCCUUGUAUGUUUAGCAUUGAACACCAUCACCAUGCGAGUGUAUUACUGCACCAGUCUACGAUUUCAGUCCAGUGUCACGGUCUACCUAAAGAACCUGGCUGCAGCUGACUUCUUCCUCUGCCUUGUUUUGCCUUUGCGCAUUGCCAACUAUGCUAACAAAUCUACAACCAUGCGACUUAUUUACUGCAGUUUUGGUGCUUCAGGCUUCUAUCUCAACAUGUAUGCCAGCAUUCUCUUCAUGGAAUAUAUCGCUGCAAACAGGUACCUAAACAUGAAGUCUUGUGCAAAAGACUAUGUGUUUCAGAAUGCAUGUAGAUAACAGGUCUUGGUAAUUUAACCCACAUGUAGUGAUAACACCACAUUCACUGAAAUGUUACUUUACUAGGAGAAAUGCUUCUAUUGUACAAUUAAACAGAACAGAACAGUCAAAGU